UUAAUGAACGUUUGGCAACCUUUGUAUGAAAUGUACUUUUACAUUAGGUGUUUUAAAUAAGAUUAGAUAAUACUCGGAUCUAAAGAAACGUAAUGAUUUGGUAAUUGUAUCUCCAUAAUACGUAAUCUUAACGUUUACUUCGUGACAUUUCAAUAUCAGCAUGCAUAAUUACACUUCACACGAGACAGGUGAUUAAAAAUUUAAAUUGUAUUCAGGGGGAAAAAAAUAUAUGUUUAGACAAAGUUUUUUUUUUUAAAUAUCUGUUGGUUACGUACUAGAUCCCAAUACUGAUAUUAGACAAGGGUUUAAUUGCAGUUUAAGUGUAAAACAACACUUCAAAGUACACGAUACAUUCUGUGCACGCACUAUUGUUAUUCUGAAUCAGUAUUCUUUAUAUAUUACAUUCAGGAUGGCUAUGUAUCAUGGACAAAGUCGGGUAGUAGCUUUUAUUGAAUCUGUGAAGGGUCUUUAUUGUAAAAUAUCAGUUUACAUUGCUGUUUAAGUAUCCUGUUCAUAACUUACUCAAGCGCGCUGUUUAUGACAAAAUUUACCUUUAUUACGUAUAUAGGACAAAUUCAUUGGCUACCCAAGUUUGUGUUUUAUAAAGUAGAUAGAGUUAGUUGGUAUGGUAUACACUCGGUACUGUUUUAAUCAAGGUAAUACCGCAUUCAGAAAAGUUUAACAAAGAUAAGAUUUAUUUAAAGAUAUAUUUAUCAAUAAUCAUUCGAUAAUACUAUACAGGAUUAUUUAAGAAAGCAUAAUUCGAAUGAAAGGAUGUUUAUCAACUAUUUGAUAUCGUAUUUCUCUUGCGGAAGGGAAGAACAUAAACAAGUAUAAGGAAAAUGGGUGGAUUUUCAAGGAAGUAUUAUACGGGUCUGUGCAAAUUUAAAUAACAAGUGUAACCAAAUAAAAGAACAAUUGAAAGCACACGAUUUGAAUAACCGUAUCUACAUAAUACAUGAUCUUAUCGUACUUCGUGUUAUUUCAGUAUCUGCAUACAUAAUUUAACUUUUUAAGUGUGAAAACGUGUGUGGCAGCUUAAAUGAAUAAACAUAUAAUUCAAACCGAUUUCAAAGUAGAACGAAGUAUUUAUGUUUAGUUACGACAAUAUAAAAUCAAUAUAUCACGGGAUAGGAUUGUGUUUUGCAACUUAAAUAUUUUUUGGAAAAAAAUGCAAAAUGUGACUUAGAAACCUCAGAGUAGCUGAUAGGCAGGCGUUCAAUCAUGUGGCAACAUAUUUUAUGGACAUUUGUAACAGAAUUGAUAAUAUACGUGUAUACAGCCUCUGCUGUUGAUGUCAACAAUGGCGCCUGUGUUUACCGGAAGUUUGAACGCGCGGGAGAUGUAAAGUUUCUCGUGGUAGCUGGGAUACGAGAAAACGAUGGGCACGGAGUCUGUGGGAAUCCGUCGAGGACGACAUUUGAACAAAUUGUGGCAAUGGAAUGGAUAAUUUCACUUUUAAACGGGAACGGAUCGAGACAAGAUUCUUUUAUCCCUGGAGUAACCAUAGGUUACGACAUUUAUGAUAACUGCGACAACGAAGAUCUUACGACAGACCUUCUGUAUUCAGAACAUAUCCAUGAAAUGGACUGCAACACCGCAGAGUCGGACUCUCCUGUUUAUAUUGGUGCAUUAUCUCUGACAACUCCAAAUGCAACUAACACUAUGGCUCGUUUACUGCAUCCACUUCCGGUGUUCCGCCCUCUAAUGUCAUCGCCAGCCCUGCAGUCACGUGAUUACUCUAAUCUCCUACAGAGUGUUGUGUCCUUCCGUGAGGAAGCAACGGCGAUAGCAAAGAUGUUGUCGAGUAUUGGUUGGAAUUUUAUCGUCGUUGUUCAUACACACGAUACUACUGAUGAAGCCGUUGAAUUUUCUGCAAUUGCCAGAUCGAAUGGAAUCUGUAUUAAUUUUACAGGAGCUCCGGAAAAAGGAACUGUCCAAAACAUCUUUAAAACCAUGACUAAUAUGGCAUACCAAAAGUCUUUGGCUGUGGUCUACUUUGGAAGCAGUUUUGGAGCAAAAUAUAUCGUCAAAGAGUCGACGAGUUCACAGCGGCCACUUGGUUCAAAAAUACACUGGGUUUUCACAUCAAAAUUUGUAGAUAAUAUCCCUGUUGCGAAUGCAGAUUCAAUCAUUUCUUUGAACUUACAUGACCCUAUCGCCGAUUUCGAAAACAAUGAAUUUAUGGCUUUUUUCAACAAAUUGUCAGUUAAUUCUUCCCUUUCACCACUCCAAGGACUGAUACAGAAGCAUAACUUUGUUUUAAACAAUUCAGCACCGUACAUAAAUCCAUAUCCCACGGUCGACUCAAUAUUGUCUAUGAUAAAUUCCGUAAAGGACGUGUGGGACACCGUGUGUAAUCAAAGUCCUACUGUCGCUGACUGUUCUGCAUUUCAAGAUGCCAUUCAGAAUGAUUUAGUAGAGAAAAUCAAAGGUGUCAAAGUUCCAGAUAAAAUCAGUAAAAAGUAUUUACCAACCGAUUACAACCGUACCCGGCAGUACCUUCAGGAUGGGACCCAGAAGUAUGAAACACUUUACCUGACAUUGUACACGCAUUUGAAAAAUUCCACAAUAGGAUCGUUCACAGACAAUAAGUAUAGACCUGCAGUUAGUGCUCCAGUACUGCCUUCGUCCGCUUGUAACAAAGACUGUAAUGAAUGUCAAGGUCAGCUUGAUAUUAGAUAUUCAUAUCUACAUGGAGAUUACUUAAUUCUUGGCCUUUUUUCUCUGAGGCAAUAUGGUGAUACUCCAUAUACUUGUGGACAUAUUCGACGCGGAACCAACGACAUAGUAACAGUUUCGUCCUUCUUUCAAUCGGUCCUUGCGCGAAGAAACCAGACAAAUAAAACUUUUGGUGCAAUUGCUAUAGAUGACUGUUAUAAUGGUCUCAAUACAAGUAAUUAUCUUGCACAAUUAUUUAGCAAACAGAAAACACUCAAGGAUCCUUCAGAUUCCAAUAGAGAAAUCAACUUUGACAAUGUUAUUUCUGUAGUUGGAGCGUUAUCAAGCUCGGUGACUUUAAUAGUAGCAGACUUGCUGACUUCUGUAAACUUGCCAAUGAUAUCGUACAGUGCGUCAUCUCCGGAUUUAGAUAAUAAAAAUCGGUAUCCGUACUUUCUCCGUACUGUUCCGAGUGACACGCUUCAGGUUCAGGGAAUGAUAGCGGUAGUUUUGGAGCUAGGAGUUUCGCAUGUUGGACUGGUCUACAUAGAUGAUGCUUAUGGACAAGGUGGAAAACUGCGGCUUCAGCAAGAAGCAUCAAGUCGAAAUAUUUGUGUUGAAAAUCCUAUAAGUGUAAGACAAGACAUGUCAGAAGAAUACGUAGAAAUUGAUGUCAUUAAGGAACUUUAUGAACAGCAGGUUAGAGUGGUCCUUUUCUUCGCAAUCGAUAGUAUCGCUCAACAAAUCUUAGACGUUAUGGAAAAGAAAUUUGGAAGUUUUCAGCCCCUUGUUUUUAUUUCGAGUGAGGGUUGGGGCUCAAAUUUGAAUCUGUUAACUCAAAGAAGUUUAGGUUCUGUUGUUUUUAAUAUUGCAGCACAGUUCUAUAACAGCGAAUCGUACAAAAAUUAUCUCCAAACACUUCGGCCAUGGAAAGAAAAUGAAAAUAGAUGGAUUUCAAGGUAUUUCGAAGACUAUAAUCAAUGCGACAAUAUGACUUCUUUCGAAAAAACUUUCAUUCCAAAAAUAUGUGGAAAAGGAACAACUUACAAGAACACUUUAGAUGGAAAUACAACUAAAAGUCUUUCCGAAGACCAGAGAUACUUUCAUACGAUGCUUUCAGUAUUUGCUGUAACCGAUGGUUUCAAGAAGUUUUGUGACAGCGAAGUUGCGUGUUCUCCAAGCGCUGUUAAAAAUAAACUCAACACGUAUUUCGGUCACAUUAAGUCGACGAAAUAUGGCAGUGAUAUUCCAAUUUUUAAUGAAGACGGAAAUGGGCACAUAGGCUUCACAAUCCAUAACAUUCAGCUGAAGAUGUCUGCUGGCCCCUACAACAUAGAUUAUGAAAUGGUUGGAACGUAUCAGAAUGGAAAACUAGAACUGACAAAGCAACCAAAGUUUUACAAUGACCGUCUACAAGAGGAAUCUCUACAGGAUCAAUAUGCCAUGGAAAUAGACUGUUUUAAAAUGGCAGCCUGUUCAAACGUAUGUCCAUUACCCGUAACAUCCACACCAACAACAAAAAGUGAUCGGACAGAAACAACACCGGAAGCGGAUGAAAAAGACAGCUCUUUAAUGACAAUGACAAUAGUAUUUGGUGUGUUUAUGGCGGUGCUGCUUGUAGCGUUAGUGUUUGUUGUAGUUAUACUUGUCAGGAUACUGAACCGACAAGCAAAGCAACUGUCUGACAGAGGGGACUCCGGUGGCCACACUAUCUCAAUGUCCGAUGCCCAUUCUGUAUAUGAUGAACCAGGAUCGAUGAAGAGGAGAGAUCAGUUUGACAAUCUUGCAUUUAUGGCUGAUUCAGCAAGCUUACGAAGCGGUGCGCACACACCUUCUACACAUGCAAUUAGAAUUGCUGGGAGUGUAUCGUCCUUAAACGUACAACAACCCGUGCAAUAUGCUCAUAUCCGUCAAAUGUCAAAUCCCGAUAUUCAAAUGCACCAUAUCAGACAAAUUUCAAACCAAGAACUCAGAAGUGGCUGGUUUGAUUCACUCGAACGGCCAACAUCGACAUUAUCAGCACCUGCUUAUAAACCACACUCAAACCAAAGAAGUCCAUUCGUCAAACGAAACAUGUACCCUACCGGUACCAAGCAGAAGCCAUAUAAGCAGUCUUAUUCUCCUAAAACUCCGCAUUCAGCACCUACAGAGUUUAGACAACCGGUAGUGUAUCGUCCGCGGGCACAGUCGUCUCCAAGAUUCAGAUACCCUAGUUCAAGUGGUGAAGAGUCCCACUACGCUAUGCCUAAACUAGAUAGUGAAGAAGAAAUUGUGCCACAGAGAAAAAUGGGUGUAAGUGACGACGAUAUACACGAACAUUUUGAAGAUGGAAAUGUAUCAGAUGAUCCCAAUCUUUGUAACGUUGAUAGCUAUCUCUAUCCUCAUCCUUGUUCAGAAAAUGAGGUUCAAAACCAGUCUGAACCAGAGUCUAAAAUAACAUACUUAACUGCAAAAGAUUUAGUUACCAGCGAAAGUGAAGACGAGGAGGAUAUUUCACUGGAAACCGAUGACGUUAUUCAGUACGUCAAUCCUGAAUCUCAGAACGUUUUUAAUGCUCAGACAUCGUCUCUGAAAACACAAACUCCACUUAAACAAGAAAGCACUUCAAGUCUAAUUUCACCAACAGACAAUGAAGUGAGAAAUAUAAACUUUCCGCCUGCAGAAAAAGUCUUUCAUCCCAUAGAAUCAAAUACAACACGUGUCAGAGAGAAACCGAAACUAGAAACGCAACAACGCGGACUAAGCGGAAAAGGAACUGUUUCUCAGUCCAGUGGCCCUCCGAAUCAGGCAACAGGGACUGUUCAGGCUGUUGCAUAUCAAAAAAACAAUUCACGGAACUCCAUUACUGACGUUCCUGAUGUCAUCAAGCAUGGUGCCUAUGAGGAAGACGGUGUAUUCAUUAUAUAAACCAUUUUUUCUCUGUCGAACUGUGUAAUUAAUUCAUAAACUGAUUGCAGAUAUCAGAUGUCUGCUAUUUUACAUAUAAGAUCCGGUGCGAUAUUUUCACGGAUGACAUAAGCAUUUGUGACAUUGUUAAUCUGCCAUUCAAGACAGAUAGCUUGUAAUUACAGAUACGAAUUACGAUUCAUGUAUUUGGAUGGUUUUACCGAAUCAGUCUGCGGAAAUGUUUUAGUUGAAUGGUUCUUUGAAUCUUAAAAUGAAGAACAUUAUUAGUUACACUGCUUGUUGGUGACAGGAUACGGGAUAUACACUGUCGAGGAAACCCAUAUCAGGCGAGAAGCUCGAGCCUGAUAUGUAUUUUCGAGACAGCGUAUAUACCGUAUCCUGUCACCAACAAGCUGUGUAACGAUUUUAUCUUGCCGACUACCCUUUAUUUCCAUGCUAUAGUCAACAAAUUUACUUAUAGUGCAGACUGGAAUCCUGCAAUCAUUUGAUUGGUCAUCCUGUUUUGUUACAGUUGAUUAAUACAAGCCAUAAAAUGCACAAUUAACUGUGUUUGGACUGAAUCACAAAACACAAAAGCUCAUUUAUACAGAUUAUGAACUGGCUUUGAUCAGAAACAUCCUUUCGAAAAUCAUCGAUUUCGCGAUGUCAGAAAUGUCUUGAAACUUCGGCUUUCAUCACGCUUCCUGUCAAAUCUUUUAUCUAGCACGUAGAUUAAAUGAUCUUACAAUAAACUGCUGAGUAACAAAUAUGUUAAUUCCUUUGCUUUACGAUGAUUUAACUUAAAACAAAAUUUCAACGGUCGUGUCUCCCGUACAGAGUUACUGUUCUAUUUUCGCUUCUUAUUGCUAACUUCACGAGCCUAAACUAAGUAGGAAAAUGAAAACGGCAAGAAAACACAAAAUCUACUCUCGGAAACAAUAUCUAUAGCUGAAGCUUAUGAUCUGACUUGAUUCAAUAAAGCCCCAUGUGGUUCUGGGACGAUCUGUGUAUGAAAAGAAUUGGAACCACUGCCUUACCCUUGCAUAAUCGUAAGAGGCGACUAAUAGGGUCCUAACACUUGGUUUUGCAGUAACUCUGUGAUUCCAGCAGGUAUGCAAAUUUUGAUUCCAUACCUCAUAUUUUUAUUUCGAUGUAAAUGAGAUGUGAAACCAAAAUUUGUAGUCCUGUUUGGCGCCAUAUAACCUAUACUGUGUUGGUGCGCCGUAAAACCCAAAUAAAUAAAUAAGUGAUUCAAUAAUGCCAGCGAUGCGGCAGCCGUUUUCUUUUAAUCAAAAUUCAUAUUUGAAAUGUACCUGUAGGAUAUGGAAUAUAUCCUGUCUCCAAGUGACGUCUAUUUACCAAUAGAAAUGCAAGACACUUAUAGGAAGCGAGAUAAUUACUCAAUAUUUUAGUAUUUGAAGUUUAUUUUUAUCGUUGAUAUGAAAUGUCCACUCGUUAAUUUGUUGCCAUAUGAUAUAUCGCUUUAAUUCAGUAAUCCCACUGAAAUGCAUGAAGUAAAGUUGUUGUGCAUGUACAAUUUAUAGUAUAAUUCUGACGGAUCCGUAAUGACAAUCGGAAAUUUCUGUUAGACGCACUAAGUAUUCUCCAUAUGCGAUUUUGGCAUUCUCAAGCUGGUAUGGAAAACUGCCAUAUUUAUGGUCAAAGAAUGCUGAAAUUGCAUAUAAGCAUGCGAAAUCAGACGGACAUUGCUGAUUGUCAUUACCUUCUUAUCUUCUUAUUUUGAUAUCUAAAUAUUUACAAAAUACUAAUACCUUUUACUACUCAUGUAUAAACUAACCUGACAUUUAAGCAUUGUAAUACAAUUUAACAAUACUCGUACUUCGUGCUUUUUUUAAAUAUAAAACUCUUGUCAAAAAAGAAAAAUAACAGUAGUAGCUCUUUUCAACUCUUAUACUUGUUCAAGGUUUGGAUAAACAUUUUGACUUGAUUUACAAACAGUUUGAUGCUUUUAUCAGUUACUGAGAAUGAUUCAAAGUGUUCUUAAUUUAAAUAUUAUUUUUUAAAAGAAAACAGACUAUCAAUUAUGCUGAUCAGCAUUUGAAUCAUUGUUGCUGCUCUUCACACAAUUACACUUUGACUUUAAGUUUAUACCAUGGGCCGCUUUGAAAAUAUUUGAUCAGCUGUUUUGUUUUGCAAUCACAUAAUUAUCCAAAUCAAAACGGUUUUCUGUUGUGAAAAUAUGCAUUAUACCAGAAGAUGUUCAUUUGUUGAAAUUAAAAUUAAUAAACAGCUUAACCCUUAAAUUUCAAAACAGUUUUUACUAUUCUUUUAUUUAUGACAUAAUAUAUCCCAAACAGUGAAUUGUCGUUGAAUUAUUUCAUUAUUUUGAGUUCAGAUGCGAAGGAAUUAUAUCACAAUGAUGCAGUCUAAGUGAUA